AUGGAUCCAGAGGAGCAGGAGCUGCAAGAUGAUCACCAAUACCAGAUCUACUCGGCUGCCAUUGAGAAGGCACUGCGCAGCUUCCAGUCCUCCAGCGAAUGGGCGGACCUCAUCUCCUCCCUGGGAAAGCUGAACAAAGCCCUCCAAAGUAACCUGAAGUACUACCACCUGCCCAAGCGUCUGAUCAUCUGCAAGCACCUGGCCCAGUGUCUGCAUCCGGCCCUUCCCAGUGGAGUCCACUUAAAGGCCCUGGAGACAUACGAGGUCGUCUUCAAGAUCAUCGGGACCAAAUCACUGGCCAAAGACCUCUUCAUAUACAGCUCUGGCCUGUUCCCCCUGCUAGGCCAUGCUGCCAUGUCUGUCAGGCCGGUGCUGCUCACCCUGUACGAGCGCUACUACCUGCCCCUGCAGCGGGCCCUGCUGCCCAGCCUGCAGGCCUUCGUCAUGGGGCUGCUGCCGGGGAUGGAGGAGGGUGUGGAAGUCUAUGACAGGACUGAUGCCCUGCUGGCAAAGCUCUCUAGGCUGGUGGGGCAGCAGGUGUUCUAUGGGGCUCUGUGGAACAGCAUUCUCAUCAAUCCCCAAGUGCGUAUGCCUGCUUCCCUCUUCAUCGUCACACACUUCGAAAGGGCAGACUCUGGCAGGGAUCAGAGAUACAUGCUGGGCUCUAACCACAGGCUAGUGGUGAGUGCCCUUGCCCGGUCGCUGCAGGACUCCAGCGUGCUGGUGCAGAGGAACAUGCUGGAGAUUCUCCUCCUCUUCUUCCCUCUUUACACCAGCUUGGAUCCAGAGAAGGGCAGUAUUCCUAUGACCCAGGGUGACCUUGUCACUAUCGUGUCUGCAGCAUGCCUAACUCUGCUGAGAAGAGAUGUGUCAUUGAACAGAAGACUAUAUGCCUGGCUCCUAGGUACGGACACCAAAGGUGACAUGGUGGGAGUGGACCCUGAUGUAUCUACCACAAUGGAGCAGCACACAGCAUACUACUUUGGCAAAUACUCCAGAGAGCUCCUUGUACAGGCUCUGAUGAACAACCUGGAGCAGACAAAUGAGCACACAGGUCCAGGGAGUAUAGUGGCCUGCCUCAGACCCUUCCAAAUUAUCAUCAGCCUGCAAGACAAACCAGAAAUAGGUUCUCGGAUCAGAGAUGACCUGUUGCUGGACGUUGUCAGGGCCCUCUAUAGGUACUGCAGGAAGAUACUGGGCAAGAGCAUUGAAUCCAGCCUCACUGAGGACCGGGUAGCCAGUAAAAUCAAAGAGGACAGGAACAUGUCUGAGAUCAUCAAGACCGUGAACAUGCUGAUCAGCUCUUUUGGCACACAAUACCUGUGGGAAUACAUGAGCAUGUGCUUCCAAGCCUGUCUCAGGGGCAUACCUGUAGACCCAACAACCCCUGUGCUGAAGGACACAGCGGCCCCGCCCUCCAUCUCUGAGCUGUCCGUGCUCAUCAUCUUCCUGGUGGACAUUAUCCCUCUGGAGCUUUACCCUGAGAUUCAGAUGCGGUACCUGCCACAGAUGCUGUGGCGUAUGCUUCAGGACCUGCGGGAUCACAUGCGCUCUCUGAGCCUCCCGGAGCUGACCCAGGGCCUGAAGGUCUGCCUGAAGCUGCUCAGCAAGAUCCAGAUGCCUGCAGCCGACAUGAACAUGCGCACAGACUCACAGGGACAAGGGGAGAGUGGGAACACUGCCCAGGGGAGGGAGGUUGGAAGGGAGCGUCUGAAGAGGGACAAUGUGUGGAAGAGAGGGGGAAGCGUGGAGAGCAUGACCGGGUGCGUGCAGGACGUCUUGGCCUCUUUCAUCAGCAGGUACCUGUUGAAUGAGGUGGAGGAGGAGGAAGAGGUGCGGGGGGACACUGGGCUGUCUAACCACACAACUGCUGCCCAAACUGUGAGGACCCCCACAGGGGAUGAGAAGAGCUUGGGGGCAGCAGGGCAGGACUGGGGGAAGGGGUUCAUACCCUGCAACAGGGAGGAGAUUUCGGAGGAAUGCUGCCAGGUGUUCGCUGCAGCGUGUCAGUUACUGCAAGAGUGCGCCACCUUCCCCACAUACCUGUCUGAGGACGAGAUGGAAACCUUUUAUACUUCCAUGUUCCAGAACAAAGGCAGCGCUGAGGGCAUCUUCCUUCCAUGGCUGAGGUCCUUGAUGAUUUGCUGCCUGUCAGAGGACUACCGUGUUCAGCACGUGGCCAUGUCCUCCAUACUGGAACUAAUCCACUACUCUCAGUCUCUGGUCCAGCUCAUAGAGGACAGGUACCACCGCUACAAGAGCUCAGACAGCAACCCCCUCUCUGGUCGGCUGCAGAUGGUCCCCACACCACCCAUUAAUCCCACAAUCCUAAAAACCAUCAAGGAUAACACUGACUUUUAUCAGUGUAUAGCCCAGAUCCUGUGGGGCCAACUGGAUACAGAGCACCAGGAGCACCACACGACCUGCGUGGAGCUCUUCUGUCGGCUACAUGGCCUGGCACCCUCCCCUGCCAUCUGUGAGGACGUUAUUUGCCAAGAAUUGCUGCACGGGGACAAGACAGUUCAACUGGAAGCCCUUCACAGGUUUUCAGUUCUGUGGCACCUGAUGCGUGAGAUGCAGACCAAUUGGACCAUGUCGUUCAAUCGCUCUUUUGACAGAUCUUUGUUUGUGGUUAUGGAUAACCUGAACAGCCAGGAUGGAUCGAUUAGUGCUGUCGGGCAGAGCUGGUUGAUCCGGGCCUUAUCCCUAAACGACGUAGUGCGCAUCCUGGAACCGAUCCUGCUCCUCCUGCUCCACCCGAGAACUCAGCGCUCCUCGAUCCAGUGUAUCAAACAGAACCUGGGUGCUGCACUGUGGGCCGAGGUGGAGCACACCCCUGACACUAUGAAGACAGAGCCAGAGCUCCCCAUGGAGGAGUUAUUCAGGACAGAGGAUAAAGAGGAGGAGGAAGAGGAGGGGAGGAAAGCGGGAGAGGGCAAGGAAGGAGAGGGCAGUGAGCAUGUGCAAUCAGAAGAUGCCAAUGGCACCAAGCUCCCCUCAGAAACUUCCAGCUUGGGUUCUGCCUCCCAGCAGCAACUGGAAUAUGAUGAGACUGCCCACAAUGGUCUGCUAGGACCUGAAUAUGACACCACUGAAGAAGCGACUUUCCCAGACCAUCUGCAGCAGGCUGACUCAGAGCACACUCUGGAGUCCUUGUCAAGUGAUGAGGAGGACCUGGACCUGGGCCUGGACAUGGAAUCCAUGGCUCGCUUGCGCCUCCUCAAACAGGAGAAGAAGAAGCAGGAGGCCAUUAAUUUACUCUUCAGACACAUGCUGCUUUACCCGCAGACCUACGACUCCGACCGCAUCCUCUUCGCCUUCUCCAUGCUGGAGACGCUCCUCAAGACCACUCCUUGCCACUUUGUGAAGGCAGUGUGCACCACUAGCAUAGACACCGGUUCCGCUGCACAGCUCAACCUCAUCCACGCCCUGAUUCGGCGCCACUUGCAGGCCAUCGAGGGACGCAGCUUCCGUUGCCAAAUCCAGACUCAUUCGGCCGCACCCUGUCCCAAUUCCCUGCUGGUAGAUCUCCUUACUUGCCUCUGCCUUCGCUUCCUCCGGUCUCACUACCCCCCCUACCUCGGCGUGGGCCCGCACCACCUUUCCAGGAACCGUGACGUCCAGGUGAAGAGUGUGGUGGUGCUGACCCGCCUCAUGAGCCAGCUGGUUAAUGUGGCCAGGGCCCGGGAUGGCCAACACCUGGACCGCAUCCGUCACCUGCUGUCAGGAUGCAAGGUGCAGCAGCACGUCCUGCUUUGCCUGUCAGCCUCCAUGCACAUCAGCCAGAGGUCCGGGGAGGUGCAGGGCGAGGGGCUGCCGGAGGAACAGGAUGAACCAUCUGAGGAGAGCCUGCUCGAUCUGGGACAGGUCUGGACAGAACAGCCCUUACAGAUGGAGCUGCUGAAGCUGCUGCAGGUGCUGAUUGUGCUGGAGAGCUACCUGUGGCCGGGCGGAGCCAAGCCCGGGGCCUCAGAGAACCAAGACGUAUUCGCCACGACCCCGCUGGCCCGGGAGUGGCAGACAGCGGCCCUCUACCAGCAGUCCGUCCGCAUGCUGCAGUAUGCGCAGGCCCAGCCAAUCCCCUGGCAGGGCAUGUUCGUCUCAGCCGCCGCCCGCGCCCUACAGCCACGGUACGGCUUCGCCACGCACCCUCCCUGGGUGGCCCUGCUCUCCGCCUCCCUGCCCUACCUGGGCCGCUCGCUCGGUGUCAUCGUUACCCCCGUCAUCGCCCAGAUCUGCAAGAACCUCGAUGACCUGGUGAAGCAGUAUGAGUACGAGUCUCUCACAAAUUUUCAGAGCUGGAAUCUGAAAAGGGAGAACAUCCCUCCUGAUUAUCCCCUGACCUUGCUGGAGGGCCUGACUACCAUUACUCACUUCUGCCUGCUUGAAAAUAGGAAGACUCCUGUGGCGCCAGACCCAACAGACAUUCUCCACGCUCGUAGCGCUGUCCUGGAGGAACUGCCACGCUUGCUCAGCACCAUAGUGCUGCUGUGGGCCGUGGUCCGGAGGGAGGAGACCCACAGGUCUAACUCAGACUGGGUCCUCAGCUGCAGCACGGAGUCCCCCUUUUCUGUCUAUUUCAAGAGCGCCAAGCUCCUAAGGCAGAAGGUGCUGGAGUUCCUCAACCCCCUCACAGCACACUUUGGGGUUCAGGUCAUGGCAGCAGUGGGUUCUGUGUGGCUCAGCCAAAAGAGUGAGAAACGUCACAGCAAAAACAAGAUUUUACCAGUGGUCAGUGAGUCCCAACAGGCCAUUGUGGACCUGGUGAAGUCUCUGAGCACACUCCAUAUUGACACCGUCCUGCAGCUAGUCAAAGCAGUGGUGGGAAAGACCCACCAGACCAAAGGAGACCAACAGAGGUCCACCCUGUUUGACAUUCCUAUGCUUCAGUUCGGCUAUGCCUUCAUUCAGAGUGUUUCUGCAGAGACCCUUCAGGAGAACACCCCUGCCCUUCUCAGCCUCCUGAGAGAAUGUAUGCUGCUGAAUCUGUCUCCACGGGGACACUUCCUCCUCCUGGGGAUCCUCUACAACUUUGUAACGAGACUUCCCAGUCUAGACAACAGGAAAGACACUAGGGAUGUACAGGAGGUGACCCAGCAAAUCCUGGAGGCAGUUGGCAGCAUAGCGGGUUCCUCCUUAGAGCAGACCAGCUGGCUCAGCCGCAACCUGGAGGUCAAGGUGCAGCCGCAGGUGUGCCCAGAGGAAGAGGACCCGGAGGACAUGGACCAUUACGAUGCCGUGGUCUCCUCUUCCAUGCCACCUGUCUACAGUGUCCAGGCCCUCACCCUGCUGGCUGAGGUGCUGGCUCCUCUUCUGGAUGUGGUGUACCUCAGCGAUGAGAAGGAGAAAGCCGUGCCACUCAUCUCACACCUCAUGGACUAUGUAUUUCCAUACCUGAAAAACCACAGCACCUACAAUGCGCCCAGUUUCCACGCCGGCACCCAGCUCCUCAGCAGCCUCAGUGGGUACGCCUACACCAAGCGGGCUUGGAAGAAGGAGACCUUCGAGCUCUUCAUGGACACUCUUUUCUUCUGCAUGGAUACCCCCUGCACCAAACUCUGGAGGUCCAUUAUCGAUCACCUGUUGACUUGCGAGAAGUCCAUGUUCAAAGACCUUAUGAGCAUGCGCGGCAGCUCAAUGAGGCCCUUUCCCAAGUCCGAGCAGAAGGCCAUGCUGCUGAAGCGCCAGGCCUUCGCCAUAUUCAGCGGCGAGGUGGACCAGUACCAUCUCUACCUGCCGCUCAUUCAAGAGCGUCUGAAGGAGAUUGAGCGUGUGGGACACACGCCCCCUGUGGUGUCCCAGAUGUUUCUCGCAUUUCGAGUGCUCCUCCUACGUAUGUCCUCCCAGCACCUCACCUCCCUGUGGCCCGUCAUGGUCUCUGAGCUGAUCCACACAUUUGUUCAACUGGAGAAAGCUUUGAUGGAGGACCAGGAGGCUUCAAACACCCACAGUAAGAACGGCAGGGGAGCGGGGAGCCAUGACGGGGAUGGCCCAGCAUUGCUCCUCUCCCAGAGUGAGCUGGACAUGUAUCUCUCUGCCUGCAAGUUCCUGGAUGCUGCGCUGUGUUUCCCCCCCGAUAGGAUUCCCCUGUUCCAGAUGUAUCGCUGGGCUUUUGUCCCUGAGGUGGAUGUGGAUAGCUACAGCGGCCCGGGGAACAGCAUCGUAGAGGGAGAGCAGGAGUGCAAGCCUCAUAUCGUCAGAAUAGUGGAGGGACUGCACUCCAGAUUUGGGGAGCUGAAUGGUACAGAUGACAGCACCCGCGUGGAGAACUUGAAGCUCCCCCUGCUCACCAUGCACAGCAUCUCCAGCAUCACCGAGCUCAUGCCCUUCUUUAGGGUCCUGGCCUGCUCCUUCAAAAGCCCUGGCAAUGACCCCCACCCUCAGCCUGUGGCCCAUUAUCCAGCUCACAACAGCAAUGUCAUCCUGAAGAAGCUGGAGGAUAUCAUCGAAGGGGAGUUUCUGGAGCGCAUGGACAACUAGAACCAGGG